AUGUCCAAAAAUUAUGAAAUAGAAAAUCAAAUUAGAUUUCCUCCUGAAAAAGCAUUAAAAAUUAGAGAGUCUAUUGACAAUAAUCAGUAAUUGUCUAGGACAAUUGAACCAAAAAUUUGA